CUGGCCACACAUGCCACACUACGGGCACAAUCGGAGGUACUAGCACGCGCUCUGAUAGCCAUCGGUCUGCCAGGUGUUGGAGCAACCUGGCUGGCCUCGCUGGCCUGCGAUGCCGUCGCAGCAGUUGUACUGAGCCCCGUGGCGGCCAUCGCGGCCUGGUGUGAGGCAAGUCUGUCGACUGAUGAGGUUGCAAAAGCUGCUGCAUGUGCUCCGGCUGGUCAGAGCCAGCACUUUGAGGCGACUGUGGCUUGGAUGGCGGCGGUGCGCAAGUUGUGGGCAGAACGCGGCGUCGCAAGUCUCCUCGUGGGCAUGCCCGAGGCCGUGGCUGGGCGUGUGGCCUUCUCUCUUUUCAGAGCAGGCAUGUGUGCCGUGACGGGCGGCGCAUCGCUGCCGAUCCUCGGAUCAGCGACGCCGUUGAUCUGCAAUCUUGCCUGCUCGUUUGCCACCAUCCCGUUUGAGCUUGUCUUCAAGCGGCGAGUGGUCCAGGCGCUGACGUCUGGCCACGAAGCCGACGGACUCGCCAUCGCGCAGGAUGUCGCACAGAGCGAAGGCGUCUCUUCGUUCUGGUCAGGCUUCCGGCUCGUCCUUCUCCGCGCCAGCAUCUCGCUUGCCUUAGUGGCACCAGCGAUCGCACUCUCAGCAGCGCUUCGCAUACCAGCGCGCCUUCGCACGUAGGACCAUGCAUGAAUUGCAUAGCAUGGCUGGUACCAACCGUCGCAACUGGAGCCCUACGAGCGCCCACAAGGAUCUGAGCUUGCGCGCGAUAGCCGCGAUGGCCGCAAUAUCCGCGCGAGGUGAUCCGAGGUAUAUAUGACGAGUACCAAGCCAUUGAAUGUGAUUGUUCGAGAACCA